UCCCGCUCGCCCCAGCGCACCCCCGCCUCCAGCUCCGGGCGCCGCGAGGCUCACUCCGCCUGCAGCUGAGCUGCGCGCCCGUCGAAACUCGGGUGCGGCUGCACCAUGAAUGACUCGGGUGGCCCCGGGGUCGGGCACGCGAGUGAGAUGCGCGGCGGGGGCAGCUGGCAGCCCGAGGCGGUCGUCGUACCCAUGCUAUUCGCGUUCAUCUUUCUCGUGGGCACCGUGGGCAACACGCUGGUGCUGGCCGUGCUGCUCCGCGGCCGCCAGGCGGUCAGCACCACCAACCUGUUCAUCCUCAAUCUGGGCGUGGCCGACCUGUGUUUCAUCUUGUGCUGCGUGCCCUUCCAGGCCACCAUCUACACCCUGGACGGCUGGGUGUUCGGCUCGCUGCUCUGCAGGGCCGUGCACUUCCUCACCUUCUUCACCAUGCACGCCAGCAGCUUCACGCUGGCCGCCGUCUCCCUGGACAGGUAUCUGGCUAUCCGCUACCCGCUGCACUCCCGCCAGCUGCGCACGCCUCGAAACGCGCUGGCGGCCAUCGCGCUCAUCUGGGGCCUGUCGUUGCUCUUCUCUGGGCCCUACCUGAGUUACUAUCGCCAGUCGAGGUUGGCCAACCUGACCGUGUGCCACCCGGCGUGGAGCGCCCCCCGACGCCGCGCCAUGGACCUCUGCACCUUCGUGUUCAGCUACCUGCUGCCCCUGCUGGUGCUCGGCCUGACCUACGCGCGCACUCUGCGCUACCUCUGGCGCGCGGUCGACCCGGUGGCCGCAGGCUCGCGCGCCCGGCGGGCCAGGCGCAAGGUGACCCGCAUGAUCAUCGCCGUGGCGGCGCUCUUCUGCCUCUGCUGGAUGCCUCACCACGCGCUUAUCCUCUGCGUGUGGUUCGGCCGCUUUCCACUUACGCGCGCCACCUACGCGCUGCGCAUCCUCUCGCACCUGGUGUCCUGCGCGAACUCGUGCGUCAACCCCAUCGUCUACGCGCUGGUCUCCAAGCGCUUCCGCAAGGGAUUCCGCCAGGUCUGCGCCGCUGCUGCUAUCUGGGGUCAGGGCUCCAACAGCUCGAUUUCUCUUUUGGACCAGAAAGUCCCGCCCCAGCCCUGCCGGUCCUGUUCCAGGGCGCACAGCAGCCCUUCUAACGCUGCUGGACUGGGGCAGCCUGAGAAUCCGGUGGGGGAACAGGAACGCCCUGGGGCUUUGCUCAGCUAG